AGCCACCAAUCCUGCACAUUCUCUGUCUUUUUUAAAUCUCAAGAUCUGAAAGGGGUCUGCGUGCGAGUCAAGAGCCAUGGAUGAAGGCUUCAGAGACCGGACGGCCUUCAUCCGUGGGGCCAAAGACAUCGCCAAAGAAGUAAAGAAGCAUGCGACCAAGAAGGUGGGCAAAGGGGUGGACCGGGUGCAGGACGAGUACACCAAGCGCUCGUACACACGCUUCGAGGAAGACGACGACGACGACUACCAGCCCCAAGACGGCUACUACCGAGGGGAGCCGUCGGUCGAUGACGAAGGGGCCUCCAGCGACGCCACGGAAGGCCACGAUGAAGACGACGAGAUCUACGAGGGCGAGUACCAAGGCAUCCCCCGCAACGACUCCCUCAAAGGCGGGGACCACUUGACGGCCAACCAACAGGUGGUGAGUGAGUUCAGGGACUUUGACGACCUGGAAGGGGACAAGAAGAAGGAGAAGGAGGAGUUGUCCCAGCAGUACGAGCUGAUUCUGCAGGAGUGCGGACACGGGCGCUUCCAGUGGACCCUGUACUUUGUGCUUGGACUUGCCCUCAUGGCCGACGGGGUAGAGAUCUUUGUGGUGGGCUUUGUCCUCCCCAGCGCCGAGAAGGAUAUGUGCUUGUCAGACUCCAACAAGGGCAUGCUGGGUUUGAUAGUCUACCUGGGGAUGAUGGUCGGAGCAUUCCUGUGGGGCGGCCUGGCGGAUCGCCUGGGGCGCAGACAGUGCCUCCUGAUGUCCCUUUCCGUCAACAGCGUCUUCGCCUUCUUCUCGUCCUUUGUCCAGGGCUACGGCACGUUCCUCUUCUGCCGGCUGCUCUCUGGCGUGGGCAUCGGGGGCUCCAUCCCCAUCGUCUUCUCCUACUACUCCGAAUUCCUGGCCCAGGAGAAGCGAGGGGAGCAUCUCAGCUGGCUGUGCAUGUUCUGGAUGAUCGGGGGCAUCUACGCCUCUGCCAUGGCCUGGGCCAUCAUCCCCCAUUACGGGUGGAGCUUUCAAAUGGGCUCUGCGUACCAGUUCCACAGUUGGCGGGUUUUCGUCCUGGUCUGUGCCUUCCCUUCCGUCUUUGCCAUCGGGGCCCUCACCACCAUGCCGGAGAGCCCCCGCUUCUUCUUGGAGAACGGGAAGCAUGAUGAAGCUUGGAUGGUUCUGAAGCAGGUUCAUGACACCAACAUGCGAGCCAAGGGGCACCCUGAACGGGUCUUCUCGGUGACUCAUAUCAAGACUAUCAAACAGGAGGAUGAACUAGUGGAGAUCCAGUCUGACACAGGGACUUGGUACCGACGCUGGAUGGUCCGUUGUCUGAACCUUUCGCAGCAGGUCUGGGCCAAUUUCCACCAGUGCUUCGCUCCUGAGUACCGCCGGGUGACCCUCAUGAUGAUGGCCGUCUGGUUCACCAUGUCCUUCAGUUACUACGGCUUGACCGUCUGGUUCCCAGACAUGAUCAAGCACUUGCAGAAUCUGGAGUAUGCCUCCCGCACCAAGGUCAUCGACCGGGAGCAAGUGCACCACUUCACUUUCAACUUCACCCUGGAGAACCAGAUCCACAGCCGCGGGGAAUACUUCAACGACAAGUUCAUAGGCCUCAAGAUGAAGUCGGUCUCCUUUGUGGACACCUUGUUCGAGGAGUGCUACUUUGAAGACAUCACGUCCAGCAAUACCUUCUUCAAGAACUGCACCUUCAUCUCCACCAUCUUUUUCAACACAGACCUCUUUGAGUACAAGUUCAUCAACUGCCGGAUCGUCAACAGCACCUUCCUGCACAACAAAGAGGGCUGCCAGCUGGACUUCAGCGACGACAACAGCGCCUACAUGAUCUAUUUUGUCAGCUUCUUGGGCACGCUGGCGGUGCUGCCAGGGAACAUCGUCUCGGCCCUCCUGAUGGACAAGAUCGGGCGCCUCCGGAUGCUGGCCGGGUCGAGCGUGAUGUCCUGCGUGAGCUGCUUCUUCUUGUCCUUCGGGAACAGCGAGUCCGCCAUGAUCGCCCUCCUCUGCCUCUUUGGGGGGGUCAGCAUCGCUUCCUGGAACGCCCUGGACGUCCUCACGGUGGAGCUGUACCCCUCUGAUAAAAGGACCACCGCCUUCGGCUUCCUCAACGCCUUGUGCAAACUGGCCGCUGUCUUGGGCAUUAGCAUCUUCACCUCCUUCGUUGGCGUCACCAAAGCGGUGCCCAUCCUGUUGGCAUCGGCGGCGCUCGCCCUGGGCAGCUCGCUGGCCCUCAAGCUGCCAGAGACACGGGGCCAAGUUCUACAGUGAGGAAGAGAGAGAGAAGAGAGAGUGCAAGCCGUGUCCCCUCCCAACCCUCCCUGACCCUGCCCCGCCCCAUUCGGGGGAGAUCUAGAGUCAUAGACACCGUGACCGUCUCGUUUGUGUCAUCUCGACGACCAAGUCAUCUUUUGUUGGGUUUUUCGUUCGCCCGCUCCCCAAAUCUCCCCCAUGUCUCUCUCUCUUUCCCCUCCCUUGGCUUUGGUGUAGCUGUAAAUCCACUCCCAGGUAUGUGUGUGUGUGUGUGUGUAAGUGGGACAGGGCGGGGGUGUCUCCCUCUUUAUGACAUAGGAAUGCAGAGGGGUGAGAAGGGAGCUCUCCCCACCUUUCAGGGAAUGGUUCCAGUUCUGCCCCAGGGGUCCAAACGUCCAGUAGAGGGAAAUGUGACACAUUGGACACCACGGGUGUGAAUGGCUCACAGAUCUGGGAUGCAUCACGUGCUCCAAAUAGAUCCUAUUUUUUUUGUUUAAGUUUCCAGAAGGCACGCUCUGUGUGUGUGCGCGUGCGUUGGUGUGUGUGUGUGAGUGUGUAUAUAUGAAUUGAUGCACUGGUUUCUUGACCCACCCCCCACUGUAUGUACCCCAAAUACACACCUCAGCUAGCGUC